UAUCAGUGCAGGCGCGUCGGCAAAUAACCUCAUUCUGCAUACUGACUGUUAUUUAGAAGGUCUUCUAUUCCACCGUGGGUUGUGAAAAAGGUAAUACCAGCAGAAGUGAGAUCCACAGCUCAAGCACCGCCAUGGCCGCGCUGUCGGGAGGAGAGAUGUGCAUCAAAUACCUGAUGUUUGCCUUCAACCUGGUAUUCUGGCUUGCAGGCACUGCUGUCUUUGCUAUAGGCCUGUGGCUAAGAUUAGACCCAAAGACCAAAGGCCUGUUUGAAGGAUCAGACUCUCCAUAUGUGUUUUACACAGGUGUAUAUAUCCUCAUAGGAGCUGGAGCACUGAUGAUGGUGGUGGGUUUUCUGGGAUGUUGCGGGGCCAUCCAGGAGUCCCCCUGUAUGCUGGGACUGUUCUUCUUCUUCCUGCUCAUCAUAUUUGCCAUUGAAGUCGCGGCUGGAAUCUGGGUGUUUUCCAACCAAAGCAAGGUGGUGAAUGACAUCACAGCGUUCUACAAGCAGACCUACAACAACUACCAGACAACAAAAGACGAGCGCCUCAAAGAGACUCUGCGGGUGAUUCAAACCGGGCUGAACUGUUGCGGACCAACUGGUACUGUACAAGACACUGACAAAGAGACCUGUCCCCGGGGAGAGCCACUUGAGGAGCUCAUUACUAAGAGCUGCCCUGACGCCAUUGAUGAGGUGUUUGACUCCAAGCUACACAUCAUAGGAGGAGUGGGCAUCACCAUUGGCGUCGUCAUGGUGUUUGGGAUGAUCUUUAGCAUGCUCCUGUGCUGCGCCAUCAGGAAGUCUCGGGAGGUGGUGUGACACCCACCACCACAUUCUGGAGCCCUUGUUAAUGUUGCAUGAUGUCAUUCCUCGAGUCACAUGACUCUCCACUGCCAAUAGAAACACUGCUUGUUCAAGGGGGGAUAUCUAAGCUAGGCCGGGUGCAGAUAUUUCUGAUUAUUACAUAAUACUACAUCAGUUAUAACUGUGCCGCCCACCUUCCUGGACUAGAUAGAUGCGAUGUGGUUAUUAGGCCCAACUAUAGAAUGGGUGUCAUCUGUGCUUCAGUGGCAAUGUAGUACAGAAAUGUGUAAUUUUGUGGUCAUUUGAUUGAAAUUAGUGUUUGUGAACUGCUAAUUAUCUAAACAAAAGAUCAUAUUACUGUAUGCUGAUCACAUUUCUAUUGCUAUCACUCGGGGUCACCUACCGGCCAGAAGAGUCAUGGAUCAGGGCCAUGAAAAAGGCAACCACCACCACCACUUCAGCACAGUACAGCAGUAGCCAAUGAAAUCCUACAGUCCUUUUUGUUAUAACACCGACAUCAAUCCAUGGUGACUAGUAGCCAACUGAAUGCCGAGCUGUGAACUGCGGUGACUGUGGUUUCUUCCAGCUUGGUAUUGAGAGUAGCAUUUUGGUUCCUUCAUUGUGACAUUUCAUUUGUUCCUUGUCUUUCUUUCUCCACCUCCUAACUUGACCUUUCUUAAAAAAAAAAGAAAAGCCUUUAAUUUUUUGUCACUUUUUGUAAAUGUCUUCUUUUUUUAUUUGUAAAAGAUUUAUACACUUAGGUGGUUGUUAUGGUACAUGUGGUUUGAUUGUGUAUUUUAUAAUGUUCUUUUCAUUUUACAGAGAUUGGGUUGAUUUAUACCAUGUGCACUGUUUCACAGAGACAAAAAUUAAUGAGAGGCAAAUAAACCAAAAUAUACUGAU